AUGAUAGUUUCAGUUGCAGCCCAAUUUAGGCUGGUAAACUUAAAAAUUGAAGAUCUUAAUGCUAGGAAGAUUGAAAACGAUCACGACCUUAGGGUCUACAAAGUGAAUUUAAAAUCCAUAAUUAAAUAUCAACAGUUUCUUAUAAGAUUUGUUGAUGAUCUAAAUAAAUUAUUAACUGUACCAAUUGCACUGCUGAUGGUCAGUAGCGUUACCAUGAUCUGUAGUAGUCUGUAUGUUAGGACGACACACCAAGGCUCUGUGUUCGAGGAGGGUAGAUUUUUUAUUAUCAUUUUCAUUGUGACUGCCGAAUUUUUCUUGAUAUAUGGGCUCCCUGCGCAGUUACUGAUGAACGAGUCAGAAGCAACAGCAGACACUUUAUAUUCUGAGUGUAAAUGGUACUCACCCCAACUACGAUCUCUGCGUAAAAACUUUUUGAUUAUGAUGAUCCGGAGCCAGAAAAGUAUUUGUAUAAGGGCUGGACACUAUCACGUUAUCAACAACAGAACAAUUUUAUUAAUGAUGAAAACUGCUUACACCUUCCAUACCUUCUUACAAGAAGUAACAUAAGUGAAAUGAUGAACUGAACAGUCGCCAAAGAAAAAAAUUAU